CACGUGAAUUUUCAUGGCGUUGAAGGGCUAGUCCCGAAUUGUCUUGUGGUUUCGCCAAAAUUAUUUGCUGUUUCAGAUAAUUUAUUAUAAACAGCAUUAAUUUUUAAAUUCUUGGUGAGUACCAUGUUAUGUUGCUUGAAGUUUCGCGGACGUUACGUUUACGUGUGCAUUCUGCGCGAGACCAAAAAGUGACAAUGUUGAUAAUGACUGGAGCGCAUAGGGUGGUUUGGGGAGAUUUUGGGUUGUUUCCAUUACGGCGCCUGCAUGUCUGGCCGCCGAUCGGGCGCCGGCAGUGCGUGACUUGUAUUGAUUCCCUGCAUAACUCGGGCGCGGUUCGUUCCUACCUGAAAACACUUCACUCCCGACCCUCAACCGUUACAGUGGACUCCGACCACACAGAAAAUCGAUUGAGGCGACAAUGAAAGCCUUUCUUUGGCCUUUAGGAAUUUUUAAUUAGUGGUUAAGUGGUGAAAAUGACUGAAUACUGGGUGAUCAGUGCCCCUGGCGACAAGACCUGUCAGCAGACUUGGGAUACCCUGAACAAUGCCACCAAAUCAGGCAACCUCAGUGUCAACUAUAAAUUCCCUAUUCCUGACCUUAAGGUGGGAACUUUGGAUCAGUUGGUGGGGCUGUCAGAUGAUCUGGGCAAGCUUGACACUUUCGUCGAAGGUGUGACCAGGAAGGUAGCCCAGUACCUUGGAGAGGUACUUGAAGAUCAGCGCGAUAAGCUCCAUGAAAACUUGAUGGCCAAUAACAGUGACCUCCCCACUUAUUUGACUCGCUUCCAAUGGGACAUGGCUAAGUACCCCAUAAAGCAGAGUCUGCGGAAUAUCGCCGACAUCAUAAGCAAACAGGUCGGACAGAUCGACGCGGAUCUGAAGGUCAAGUCCUCCGCCUACAACGCUCUCAAAGGAAACCUACACAAUUUAGAGAAGAAACAGACCGGGAGCUUGUUGACCCGCAACUUGGCCGAUCUAGUCAAGAAGGAGCACUUCAUCUUGGACAGCGAGUACCUGACCACACUCCUGGUCAUCGUGCCCAAGUCAAUGUUCAACGACUGGAAUGCCAACUACGAGAAGAUAACGGACAUGAUCGUGCCGCGCUCCACCCAGCUCGUCCACCAGGACAACGACUACGGACUCUUCACCGUCACCCUCUUCAAGAAGGUUGCGGACGAGUUCAAGCUGCACGCUCGCGAGCGCAAGUUCGUCGUGCGCGAGUUCGCUUACAACGAGGCCGACCUGCUCGCCGGCAAGAACGAGAUCACCAAGCUCGUCACCGACAAGAAGAAGCAGUUUGGACCGCUGGUGCGAUGGUUGAAGGUGAACUUCUCCGAGUGCUUCUGCGCUUGGAUCCACGUUAAAGCUCUGCGUGUGUUCGUCGAAUCCGUUUUGAGAUACGGUCUGCCGGUGAACUUCCAGGCCGUGGUGAUGGUCCCGGCGCGCAAGAGCAUGAAGAAGCUGCGCGACCUCCUCAACCAGCUCUACGCGCACCUCGACCACUCCGCGCACGCGCACUCCGCCGCCGCGCCGGACAGCGUGGAACUAGCCGGCCUAGGUUUCGGUCAAUCGGAAUAUUUCCCGUAUGUUUUCUAUAAGAUCAACAUCGACAUGAUCGAGAAAUCGUCGGCCUAAAUAGAAUGAAUGCGUCUUUUAAGCUAGGUAAUGUUACCAUCACCAACCGGCUUUAUUAUAUGAUCGAAAUUUUAAAAAAAUAUAUCGGUCAGAACAAUAAUCGCCAUUGUACUGUACAAUUCAGUUGUUUAACACAGGAACCCUUUGCCUUGUUUGUAAAUUGUUUUUUUUUCUAUGUACAGUUUUUAAUGUAGUUUUUAUUUUGACAAUAUUCUAUAAUUUUGAAAAAGAAAUCAUGUAGUUUGUCUGUUUUUGUUUUUUUUUUUAAGAACAUAGCAGGUUUCGUUGUUGGUGAAUGUGCAAAAUGUAUUUAUGUUUAUAAUUUAUUUAACCCGGAAGCGCCGCUGUCACCGACGUGACAUGAGCAAAAUAGAUUUAGAAAAAAAGGCCUUCUGGUUAUUUCUUUACACACACUUUUUCUUAGACCUGUUGUCGUAUUUAAUGAGCAUAAAAGAAAAUAACAUCUUGGAAAUGAAAUAAAAUCGCAAGUACGUUUUUAAUUCACAGACUCCAUAUUGGAACAAUGGGCACACCUUUUGCCAGGAUAGAAAAUAAAUAAUGUUGCCAUAAAAAAAAAUGUUCUUGUGAUUUUAUGAACUUAGCUGAGACAAAUACGACAAUAAAUCAAAAGCACUGUGUUGUAAGCUUAAAAGCUUUGAAUCGGUUGAUUACUUUCAAAUGCAACAACGUGUUCAGUAUUAAAUGUACGACAGUUGCAAAUGUAGAUUUAUGUAUGAUAAAUAAAAUGUUCAAUAAAUAUAAAAAUGAAUAAAUAUUGCAAAAUGCUAAAUGUAAAUAAUAACAUUCCUCAUAUAAUUCGCGUAGUACAUAAAGAAAAUAAAUAUUAUUCGAGUUACUGUUA